AUGAUGAAGAGGAAGGAUGGCGACCACCUCGGGAUCAAUGGCGUCUAUGCCCUACGCGAGGAGCCUCACAACGACUCCCCUUGCUGGGUCCAGCAGCCAUGGGAAGGCAGAGUGGAGGUGUGGCACAUUUUUCGCUCAAGGGAUCGGGCCUCCUGGGUGAUCGACUCCUUGUUGCACGGCGCCGGUCGCGACGAUGCCGUCGCUGCUCGGUUGACUGCAGACGUGGAGGAUCCCACCGCCGCAACAGCCAGCUGGGUCCCGAUGCCCUCUCUGAAGCUGGCGCCCAUCACGCCCGCAAGCUUCGACUGCUUGGCCCGCGGCCCUGGCGGCUACCUCGGAGGCUCAGUGACGUCAGUUUCACCUCGGACUCAGCAAGAAGCCGAGAAAAGGCUCCGCUUGCAGGCUAAAGCUGUGCGUUUAAUGUUCGUGGACGUACGACUUGCAUGGCUUAGAGUGCGUGCUGCUUGCUUAUUGUACACUGGCUUUGUUGAUCAACCUUGGCUUUCAAGUGUCGCAGGAAGUACUCCGCAGAUUCGAGGAGGAGGACGACGAUGA